AAGUUCUGCAGCCCCAACCUGAACCAGAGAUGCGGGUUUUCAAUUACACAAUUAAAUGCACAAUUAGGCAUAAUUACCAGUGCUCAGAGCCUGAGACUGCUCAUAAUAGGCGUGUAAUCUACUGCAGCCUCUGUUUAUACUACUCAGUGCGCUCCCUAAUGAUGCCAGGAUGCCUUCACACUGCACUGUUGCCAUGGAGAUGAGCCUGCCACCACCAUCCAGGGCUGACAAAUGGUGUUCUGGUCCGGAUCCCUGGAUUGCUUCUGAGGCCUCUGCAGCCAGCCCUGGAGUGGAGGGGCCAGCCAGGUGGGCCAGGCAGGUGGCUGCGCUGGAGCGGCAGAUCUUUGACUUCCUGGGCUACCAGUGGGCUCCCAUCCUAGCCAACUUCCUGCACAUCAUGGCGGUCAUCCUGGGCAUCUUUGGCACGGUGCAGUACCGCUCCCGGUACCUCAUUCUGUAUGCAGCCUGGCUGGUGCUCUGGGUUGGCUGGAAUGCGUUUAUCAUCUGCUUCUACCUGGAGGUUGGACAGCUGUCCCAGGACCGGGACUUCAUCAUGACCUUCAACACAUCCCUGCACCGCUCCUGGUGGAUGGAGAACGGGCCAGGCUGCCUGGUGACACCUGUCCUGAACUCCCGCCUGGCCCUGGAGGACCACCAUGUUAUCUCUGUGACUGGCUGCCUGCUUGACUAUCCCUACAUUGAAGCCCUCAGCAGUGCCCUGCAGAUCUUCCUGGCUCUGUUCGGCUUCGUGUUCGCCUGCUACGUGAGCAAAGUGUUCCUGGAGGAGGAGGACAGCUUUGACUUCAUCGGUGGUUUUGACUCCUACGGAUACCAGGCGCCCCAGAAGACAUCGCAUUUACAACUGCAGCCUCUGUACACGUCCGGGUAGCUUCUGCCCCGCGCCCACCCCGGCGCCGCGUGCUUUGUGGCUGGACUGACGGCUGCUGCCCAGAGCUCGGGCUAAGGCGCAGGCGCGCCCCCUGGUGGCUCGCGGGUCGACUGCAGCUUGCGCGGCUCGAUCCGGGUCUGCAGCGGACUUGGACUUGGCCCUUCGCAGCCUGGACUUCAGGGGUGGGGCGGGGUGGGGCGAGGGAGGGGAAUCUCGGGGUUUGUAUUUUUUUUAUCUCAGCCUUGGCUUGCGCUGGGGCCUCCCUCCCUUCUCCAGCCUCUCCCUUUCAACCUUCACCCAGCAUCCUGUCCACUGUCCAGAGAGGAAGGGCAGGAUGGACAGACUCACCCCAUCUCACCACACUCAUUCACCAGCUCUGAGGAAAGUUACCGAGAACUAGGAGCAGGAGGCCUGGGUUCUAAUCGCAGCUCCAUCACUUACUCUCUGUGUGACAUCUGGCAAGGCCCUUGCCCUCUGGUCCUCAGUUUCCCCACCUCAAAUAAUUAAAGUAAUCCCUUAGCAGAUUGAGCUCUUUCUAGCCUUCUCUCUCAUUUGACUCUCAGUUCCCUGGGUUAGGCUGGUAUUACAAUCCCCAUUUUGCAGAUAAGGAAACUGAGGCCCAGAGAUGUAAAGCAAUUUGCUUUGAGGCCACACAGCUAGGCCUUUGGUGGAGGCGGGGCUGGAACACAGUGUACUUUCUGUAGUUUCAGCCUCUAAAACCCAGUGUCUGGUCUCUGAAUUUCAUUUUCAAGACCCUUUCCAGCUUGGAUACUCUAGAACCACAUUUACACAUCACUACUACCACUUGCCAACGCCUCUCUUAAAGCAAUACACCCGUUCUCUUUUUGGGAACCAGACAUACGAAGCCCAGAGCCCUGAAUUCAGCCUGACCCACAGGGAAGCCUUCCUAGACUCGGCUUCUGUCCACCCUUGGCAAACCUUUCAAACUCUCUCCAGGAAACAGGACCUACAACUCAGUCAUCACCUCCCUUCCACAUCCCUGAAGCUGCUGCACCCAUGGUUCCCUACCCCCUCAGCAACUCCACCAACCCCUGACAGCUCCAUCCACCUCACCAGUUGGAAGACCUGUGGUUUAAGAGUGGAAAAGGGUUGGUCAGCUCUGCGUGGUCACCAGUGCUCACAGAUCACUAGCAUUUAUGACUACUCCAGUGUCCAGGAGUUCUGAAGAGGCAGACUGGGGCUGUGGGGGUCAGGAGGGCCAGCACCCUUCCUUGAGAGCAAGUAGACAUGAGAAGUCAUUCUCCCCUCCUUCCACAGACAUCCCCGAGCACCCUGCACCCUGUGCCCUGGCUGGUGAGUCCAAGGGCAGGAGAAUCAGGCCUCAGCUUCCCAGUCUGAAAUAGGAGUGGCCCUGGGUAAGGAAGGGUGGGAGUCAUCAGGGAACUGGAGGGAAGUGCAGAUGGUUUGCACCCCUGAGCCUGUCCAUGGUAACCACUUUGUUCUACGCUCUCCACUCUCCAAUCUAGUAUUUCCUACUGUCUAAAGCCAAAAUAUCCUGAGCUAAGACUGCACUCCACCAUCCCAAGUGCAGUUCUGUGCCAAGGAACUAGCCCCAGGAAUUCCUCUAGUCACCACAGGCACCAAGGUCCUAGAUGGUCAGCCCAGUUAGCUGAUGGGUACAGCUCAAGAUGGGGACAGUUCCCUUCAGGCCUUGCUGCUGCCCCACCACUUGGCCACCAGCCCUUCCUUCUCCCACCCCCAGGCAGCUGUCAUCUCACCUCCACUCCCCCAACCCCCUUUCUACUCAAGGGGUUUAGCCACUGGUGCUUUGAAGCCUUUUGUUUUUAUAAGACGUUUUUUGCAAGGAGACCAAGUUCUCACUGGGACCUUGCAAGGCAGGGAGUGUUCCCCUGGUUUCUGUGCAGGUGGGUUGAUUAAAGACGGUGUUUUCUUCUCUA